AGGGAGGCCACUUUUUUUAUGGUUAACGAAUAAAACAAAAGCAGUUUUAUGUGUUGAGGACAAAGAGCGUCGAGCCGUGUUACGUCUCAGUCAUGGAGGAGAUCAGCAAUGUAGCUGUACUCAUCUCACACUCCUCCGCUGCCUCCUCUUCCUCCUCCACACCGGCAGUACUGGGAUCUCACUCGCAGUCCGAAACCCAGCAAGCUGUUGUGGAGGAUGCCUCCCAGAGUUUUCAGCAGAAACAAGCUGCAGAUUCUCUCAUCCAGGUCAUCGAGAAGCUCAGCAAAAUCGUGGAGAAACGGCCUCAGCGCCGCUGCUCCUUGGUGGGACAGAAAAGAGUGCUCCAACAGGCUUCCUCUGCAGGGGGAGGACGUGAGGAAGGGACGAGAGGGAGCAGAGGAGGCUCCCCUUUUAAAAAACUUAGGAGGGACUUUAAGGAGGAGGAGGAGGACACAGAGGUGGUGAGAUUGGAUGUCAGCACAGCUGAUGCUGCACUUUCUCCGCUUGUGUCAGGUGACAGUAACAAUAAUAACAUCACCUCCACGGUGACAGAGGUAACCAGCAAUGCCAACAGCGGUGACAACAAGCGGACAGUGACAUGCUAUCAGUGCAGCCUGUGCCCUUAUCUCUCCCCAACGUUGCCCCUGCUGAAAGAACACCUGAAACAACACAAUGAACAACACAGUGACCUCAUCCUCAUGUGCUCAGAGUGUCGAUUUACCUCGAGGGACCAGGGUCAGCUGGAAGCACAUGUCAGGCUGCACUAUGACAAUGGGGGCAAUCUGAGGAGGGACUCCUCUCCAUCUGAUACCCACAGCGAGGGAAAAGAAGAGGUUUUGAUUAAGCAGGACAGUGACUGGUCUGGGAGCGGAGGCCAUGUGGGAACAGACAUCACCAGCUCAUUGGGCGGCUCUAAGGAGCUGCCACAGAAGAAGAAAUGGUAUAGCUAUGAAGAGUAUGGAUUGUACCGCUGCCUAAUCUGCAGCUAUGUGUGCAGCCAGCAGCGAAUGCUCAAGACUCAUGCAUGGAAGCACGCUGGCCUGGUUGACUGCUCCUACCCUAUCUUCGAGGAUGACGACGGGGCUCCAACAAGAAGAGAGGCCCCAGCUGCCAACACUGCCGCAACCAGAGAGGAAAUAGUUGUUCUCUCUCCAGUUGUCCAAGAUAAAAGCCUGCAAAAGCUCCCCACUGCCUUCAAACUCCAGCUGUGCGUGCCGAUGGCUGUUGAGAACAAAAGGGAUGUGCUAAAUCCAGUUUCAAAUCAGAGUGGGAGUCUAAAAGCAGAAGAGGAAGAGGAAGAAAGUGUAUACCCCAUCAAAGACCUGACCUCCGAGGAACCCAUGGUGGAGGUGCAGGUGACGACAGAGGCGGAGACCGAGGUUGAGAUUCAUAGUCAUCAUGAUAAUGCGUCUGUCACAGACAGCUUGCUUUCAUCAGCUCAGAAAAUCAUCAACAGCGGUCCAAACAGUGCCGGCCACAUCAAUGUGAUUGUAGAGCGCCUGCCCUCAGCUGAGGAUUCAGUCAUAGCGACUAACCCACUUCUUCUGAGCCCGGACGUAGACGGGGACAAAACCUUACUGGAUGCAGAGGAGGAAGAGCAGGAUGACGUGGGAGCUGCACAUCACAACAAAGGGGAGGACGAGAUGGUCCUCAACAGCAGUACUGACAGCCCGGAUAUUAAACCCUCAGUUGUUAUUAGUAGCGAUUCCCCACGGGAUGAAAACAUUCCUCCAGCCGGUCGCAAAAGGACUCAUUCUGAGUCUCUCCGCCUUCACUCUUUGGCUGCAGAGGCCUUGGUAGCUAUGCCUAUGAGGACCCCUGAGCUGCCCACAUCCAGCACCAAGGUAAGUCUGAAGACCAUUACCUCACCAACACAGAGUCUGAACACAGGCCAGAAAAUGGUAGAUGUGACUACAGCUGGUCAAAAGGCUUCAGAAGUAGGGACAACGGCAGCCCUUUUGGACUUUGAGCUUCAUGGCGAGGGCAGAGAGGGAGGUUUGGGUUCCCUUGGUCUGGGUGAGGGAGAUGAAGAGGGUCCUGCAGCGAAAGCCGGCAUCAGCCUUUCUCUGCUCACCGUCAUUGAAAGACUCAGAGAGCGCUCUGACCAAAAUGCCUCAGAUGAGGAUAUCUUAAAAGAGCUUCAAGAUAACGCUCAGUUCCAAAACGGAGGUGUGGCUGGUGUGGUUGCAGCGGACGGAGCUGGGAGCUACGUGUGUAGCAUUACAGGAAUGGAUGGGUUGGUUGCUUCCCCAGAUGGAGGUUUAGUGGACUACAUCCCGGGCAGUGAAAGGCCAUACCGGUGCCGCCUAUGUCGCUACAGCAGCGGCAACAAGGGCUACAUUAAACAGCACCUACGGGUCCACAGGCAGAGGCAGCCAUAUCAGUGUCCCAUCUGUGAGCACAUCGCUUCGGACAGUAAGGACCUGGAGAGCCACAUGAUCCACCACUGCAAGACAAGGAUGUACCAGUGCAAACAGUGUCCAGACACCUUCCACUACAAGAGUCAGUUGAGAACUCAUGAAAGAGAGCAUCAUAGCUUCAGUGGUGACGUGGUAGCCCUCACAUCAGUCAAUGAAACUGUGGCCACGGUGGAGGACACUGAGCGGGUAACAGAUGAAGAAUGUGGUAUGCAGAAGAUGUUCAAGUGCGACGUGUGUGACUAUACAAGCUCUACGUAUGUCGGGGUGAGGAACCACCGGCGGAUUCACAACUCUGACAAGCCUUAUCGGUGCUGUAGCUGUGAUUUCGCCACUACCAACAUGAACAGUUUAAAGAGCCACAUGAGGAGGCACCCUCAGGAGCACCAGGCUGUGCAGCUGCUGGAGCAGUACAGGUGUUCUCUGUGCGGCUACGUGUGCAGUCACCCUCCAUCACUCAAAUCCCACAUGUGGAAGCACGCGGGAGACCAGAACUACAACUACGAGCAAGUUAACAAAGCCAUAAAUGAGGCCAUCUCCCAGAGCAGCCGUGCUCCUCAGAAGUUGUCAGCAGUUCUGGAGUCAGUGGCAGAGCGUCGUGCAGUGACCCAGCCCUCACAAGACAAAGCCAAGAGCCCAGCAGAGCCGCUGCCAACACCCACAACAACACCAACACCAACAACAACAACAGCAGCAGCAAGCCUGGCUGCAGACAGCUCAACAGGCCUCCCUGCACCCACUACAGAUCCUUCCCAGUGGUCAGGUGAGUCUCCAAGCCCCCAGGGGAAGGAUCCAGUACAGCUCCAUUCCCAGGGCCUGACACGCACAGGCCAGGCCCUUGGCCCAGGCAUGGAGUAUUGCGUGCUUCUGUUCUGCUGCUGUAUCUGCGGCUUCGAGUCCACCAGUAAAGAGCGGCUGAUGGAUCACAUGAAAGAGCACGAGGGAGACAUCAUCAGCAUCAUCCUCAACAAGGAGCAACAGCAGCAGCAGCAGCAACCAGAGCCACAAGCUAGCCUGCAAACAGCAGAGUGAGAGCUGCUUUUCCUCUGACACUGCUACUCUUACAAACCAUCCGCUGCCCAUAAAAGUAUUUCAUGAUGUUUCUUUACCUCAAGGUGGAUAUCACGGUGUUACCAUUUCACCAUUUUACCAUAGUGGUAAGGCUUUUAUUGUCAUUUCUCAGAAUGUUUUCUGGCUCGGUGGGUUGUGGUGUCAAAAAGGGUAACAACUGGUGAGGCUGUGAUAACGACUGUCCAACCCGGACACCUUGAAAAUGAAUUAAAUGUCUUUGACUAAAAGGAAUGUUUAAAAAAAACUAGAACAGAGUUGUUGGCGAAUAACAUCUGUCUCAAAUAAUUUGACAUUGAAGAGACACUUCUGUGUGCUUUUUGAUUCCGAGGGACACUUCAGAGCUCUAAUCCAAGUUAGAUAUUUCACUUUACAGGGACAAGUUCAUACCUCACAAAAACCACACAAUCCCUCAUGAGAAAUUGAGUAAAAUUCACAUAUUUUCCAGUUUAAUUCAUUAUAUCCACCACAAGGCAGCUCUUUUAUUUCUACUGUAAUAUUUAAUGUAUUUAAUCUGACACCGUUUGGGUUCUAGCCAAGUUAAGGAGGUACAUGUGCAAAUUCACCAUUGCCUAAAAAAAGGACAUGUAUCACAGCUUGAAUAUGAUUUCAUAUUUAUCAGUUUAUUUGUAUGCAUGUAAGUUUCCGUUCAACCAGUUUAAAGGGGCAAUGGUUUAUUAUUAUUUGCUGUUUUUGUUUGUUUGUUUGUAUGAGUGUAUUUUUUUAAAUUGUUCUGAUCAUUUAUAAGUAGCACCUUUUUUAGCAGAGAAAAAAGGAAUCGGUUCUUUAAGGUUGACCAGAGAAAGUAGAAAUUGGUCUGCAAUGAUUGUAGUCUACCGGUGACAGAGGUGUUAGUUAAGAGGUGCAAGGUAUGUUGACUAAAAGGAAUGAUAGAUGAUUUUUUGAAAAAGGGAAGUUGGCAUAGGUAAUCAGUUCCAGGGUUAUUUUAAUUGAAAGGUGCCUCGAUAUACGAAAGCAGGAAUAUGAUGUACAGAAUCAGUCACACCUGUUUUCACCUGUGAUUGUGGUGCUAGGCUCACUUUAAGAGUAUCGUUCUGAAAGAGUUAUAGUCCGUUUUUAUAGCCCAUGCGAUUUAUGUUGUACAUAAUAACAUUUUUAUAUAACCUUUUGUUUUGUCAGUGUUUUUAAAAUACAAACUUUCUAGUGUCAAACACGAGUUGAAAUGACAAAACAUGCCUGAAAUAAGGAGACGUGGAUGUUGAUAAUAAAAGUUUCUGAGGCGACACGUUCUCAAGGUUUCUUGUUGAUUGACAGGAUGCAGGAGUGUAGCACAAUUACUGCGGUUCUCAUAUGAAAACACUCGACUCAGCGGAAUGUAAUAAGGGUAGAGCAGAAAGUUGGAUCAAUGACGGCUUGUUUGCUGUGAUGGAUUGCUUCAUGAAUGGCAGCAAGUUUAUUUUUUUCUGAAAGGAGGAAAAUUGAGCUCUGAUUUCUCAAAUGAUGCUGAGUAUGUGCAAGAAUGUCAAGACAACCGUCAAAGAUUUAACUGUGUAGUCACUUGGUUGAAUGUUAGAACCGUUGAGUAAGUAUAAAUAUGGAUGACAAGUGUCCAAUUCUUACUGCUAUGCAAAAGUGAAGCCAAAAUAUAUCCUUUCCGAGAGCUGCCAUCUUGCUUGUGUGACUAAAUUUGGAGCCAGACUCUGUACAGUAGAUUCGGGCAGCGGGAUGAUGACCCACAGGACAUGCCCCCUUAGCUGUCCUGCCACCUGACUGAGUUUUGAGAGUGGCUGUCACAUCGGUUAAUCGUGACGUCACGCCCCUUUUUAUAUAAUCAAAUAACUCAUUAAAAACAAACUUAUCUGAAAAAUGACCACUUGGAAAACAUCAGCUUGAUAAGAACGUCCUAAAAUGACAGAUAUUUUAUUUGGGGAAAAUGUAUUUGGUAUGUACUUUGAUAUAUUUAGUUUGGUUCAUGUUCCAUCCACUAACAUGGAGGGGGUGGGAUUUAUGACUUAUACUGCAGCCAGCCACUGGGGGGCGAAUGAGAUGUUUUGGCUUCACUUUUGGGGAGAUGUCAUGACGUCCAUCGUUUAUGCAGUCAAUAGAAGUUAGAACCCAGAGGUGUUUAGUAAAUUUAAACACAAAUCUUUAAACUCAACUGACUGCUGAAUUAACAUCAUCACUGACUGAAUCUGUAGCUUUUAGCUGCGUAGCUCCACUGACUUACAGACAGCACACAAAGCCGACAACUGCUACAUUUAAUUUUGGCCUGUUGUGAUGUUACUUACUAGAUUAACGUUCAUUAGCAACAGCUGAUAUGAUCUGCCGCUGGCAACAUUUGACAUUUUAACAGGAGAAAGCCACGGUCACUGUCAGCUGAAAAUGAGAAGCUGCUACCUGAACAUUUUGUACUCGUUUCUUUGCUGUUAUGGAAGAGAAAGGAGAGAUUACAGAUUUGUCGGUGUCAGAGUUCAGCGAAUCCGUGGAUUUUUAUCAGCUUUAGUUUAGCUGAUACAGAUCUUUUCUUUUCUUUUUAAUUUGCUGUCAUCAGCCAUCAAAGGCAAAAUGGUGAUAUAAUUUAAAAUGCUCAAUAUGUGCAGAAAACAGGCACUAAAUGUAAUAAAGAGUACAGAAAAGACCUGGAUCAUCAGCUUUACUUUGGAUUGCAAUCCCUUCCUCAGACAGUGUACACUCUUUUAGUUCACUAACAUGCUUUCAGUGCUUGCAGCAUUAAAUAUGUCACAUGUUGUAGGGUAAGUUAGUAAAGUAACUAUAGCAUAAGUCAAACACCAUAAAUAUUACAUAAGCCAUUGUUCUUUUUAAAUGUAACUCAAUGAUAAACAGUGCUGGAAUGAUUCUAGUUUUGUUCUGAAGUGAAGGUAACAUUGAAAUCAACAGCAACAUUGAACUGAGGGCAGUCAAUCAGUGGUUUGAUUGGUGAUCCUUUCACUUACUGACAUACGUGCUGAAGUGCAUUUGAAGCUGUGGUUCUAUCGCUUAGAUAAGGGAACAAAGUACACAUUCAGUAACUAUGAAUGUUUGAAUAGAACAGAACAUCAUCAGCAAAAGAUUUCCACUUUUAUCAUGAGCAACCAAAAUGUUUCUCACACCUUAAAGAUCUGAGGAAUAUGCUUAUAUACUUUCCUGCCAAGAGUAAGCUGAGAAUAUGGUUACCACAUUCAUACAUACAUGUUAAAGCUAGCAGCCAGUUAGCUUAGCUUAGCAUAAAGACGGGCUUGGCACAUAACCUCCGGUGAAACCACAACAUGCUGCUUUACACUUCCUGUUUGUGCAGCUUUAACGAGAUAUGGCUUGCUGUUUCUAGUCUUUAUGCUAAGCUAACUGGCUUCUGGAUGUAGUUUUCAUGUUGAACGGACCAGAUAUAAAAGCAGCAUUGCUAACAUGCACAAUUCCCCCAAAUUCUGAACUAUUCCUUCUACUCAUUAUUGAAAGAGAAAAAUCUGUGUCAUUCAUUCAGGUCACAAAUUUAAAAAAAGAUUGCUGACGCUUUAAUGCUAAUAACCAGAGAGCCUUACUGGAGAACAUUCCCGCUUCUGCUACAAUCUCACCUCACUGACGAAAAGGAAAUAAAAAUAGAUUUUAAACGUAAACACCGUGUGUGUCGGUCUCACGACAUCCAGUGUGUCAUACUGAACAUGCUGUCAUGUUAAAUCAUCAGUAUGCCAUCCGUUACUUACAUCCACACAGGCAGCGGCUGAGGAAAUUAAGAUAAAAUGGAAUAUCCAUAAUUCAUGCCCCCCACCCCCCCCAUUCCUCAAAACACCUUACAUAACAGCUUGAAAUUAUGUGUGUGUGUGUAGUGGAUAAAACAAAAUUAAAUCUCUAUCUCAAAGACCUGUUACCUGGCCAGGAUUUCUCAUUAUCAUAGCAAAUAAUUAUUGUCUGGCUUUUAAUUUACAAUCCUACGUGCCAGAAUUAAGGAGGAUGUUGACAGGUCUGAAUGAAAAGGAAAAAAAUAAAAUAAAAUAAAAGCGGGACUCGAGGGUCCCUCCUGUCUGAUUAACUUGGCGAGCAUUCAAAUGAACAGUGAGAGCUAAACACCGGACCAGACGCAUGCUGACCUGUCUGUUUUCUAUCGUACAGAUGUUUUAUUAUGACAGCUGGUAAUUGUUCGACCCCCAAAAAUGAGUGCAGCUUUAAAGGAUGAUUCUGCUUUAUUAGUACCUGGAGUCAGAUGAUCAGACAUGUUGUCAUAAAUCUGUGUACGCAGUAAUGGUUUUUUCUCUUAAUUGGAAAUUGCUGCCCACCACAAUAACAGAUUCUAAGCAAUGAAAUGAAAUGCUGCCAAUAUAGAGUAGAUUAGAGUUUACAGCAGCCAAGUAUUGCAAUCACAGUGUAUACAGUUGGUAUUUAUGACAAAUCUUCAUCAUUAAAUGUCAUAUUUUCUGGCUUAACAGGUCUAAUAACACCUUAAGUUUAGUUUCAAGGGUGAAAAAAUAUCAUUAUUAUCAGGAUCAAGCUAAUUGUGAAUGUCUGCACUUCACACUUUCCUGCUUGAAGGUUUGGGUUUAAUCAGCUCCAGAUAAUUUUUAAUUUGUCUUUGAAAAACCUGAACAGGGCUCCUUGUCAAAUCAUUAACAAUCAAAUCAAUUCUGAUUCAUUUAUCUGCUCACAAAGGACUGGGCUCAGGUUAGCUCAACUUAUUCGGGAUUGAAAACAAAGACACAUGUUCAAAUGAUGACUCAAACUGUCAGCUAUAAACAUCAGCUGACAAUCGAAUGUGUGCACGCUACUAUUAACUGUAGCUGUGCAAUUCUUAAUAUUACUUAAGGUGCUCUCACUUUCAGUUUUACCUCCCAAUGAAGUGGUUUAGAUACUGAUAGAUACAGCUUGCUUGAUUACAACCUGUCUGAUCAUCUGUCUUUUAGUUGUGUUGUUGCCGCUCCCAAAUCUCAGCAUUUAGUUUGUAUAAUAUUACUAUAACCAACAAAUUAUCCUUUAAAUUAUAUAAUUAUACAACUGACUGACUGACUGACUGACUGUACAGUGUUUGUAAGCUAUAAAAGAAUAACUUGACAAGUUGAGAUAAAAGUUGCUCAUAUGUUGUUGUAUCAAAACUGACAUUUUUUAGUUAUAUAAAAUAUUUAAUUAAAACUAUUUGCAAAGAAAAAAAGAAUAUAUCAAGUUGUCUGCCUCUGAUCACAACAAGACUGAAAUCUUUUUUUUGUCCUCAGAAAUAAAUAAAUUCCAUUUUGCAUUUUUCAUGAAAAACAUGUUCACAUGUUCAGUGUGGUUUGUAGAGGCCAGGAUGGCAUGAUUUAGCUUUUCUUUGGAGCUUUUUGACACAUUUGAGUUUGUGUUUUACAGCAAAUCAAGCACUGCAAAUGUACACCAGAACUGAAAAUAUAACAAGUAGUCAUGUGGCCUCAUAUUCUGUCAUUAUAAAAUGGAGAACUAUGUAAUAUUGUACAAUAUUACAUUAUUGUCGUGAAUAUUCAUAUUAAGACUGGAAUGCAUAUGCUUAACAGCUAACGAAAGAAGAGAAAAAAAUCCAUCCCUAAUCAAAUCAUGUUGGAAUUAGUAUAAAAAAGUGUGCUAACAGCUGGGAAACACAUUACAUCUUUGGGUCACUCCCCUGGUGGUGAACGCAUGUAGGUCAAGUGGGAUUUUGCAGGCUGCUUCAGAUCCCAUUUGCUGCCACAAAUUGCAAAAAGUGUGUCAACUCAGCCGGCACUCAACCACAAGUGUAACAGCAAGAGUUUGGCAAAGAGAACAGAUCUUCCAUUUUACAUUUCCUGCAGUCAGUUUUAAUUUACACCACAACUAUAGAACCAUCAAUGUGUGCCAUAUUAGGUUAUUUAAAAGCAGUAACCUGUGACUGUCAUAGUUUUUUUUUUUUUUGCGUUAUUGUGCCUUUAUCAUUUAUGUUUUCAUCAAAUGACAAUACUGACUUUUCUGCCAAAACUAAAGUCAAAUAAAAUAAAAAUAAAAACUUUUUUUGUGAUAAUACUGGGUAUCAUGUCAAACAUUAGUUUUCUGUAUAGGAAAGUCUUUAUUUUAAUUUCAUUCAAUGGUUUUAGGGAAACAGAACCAACAACAAACCAAGUAUGUGAAACCGCCCUUUCAUAUUUUUGAAAGACAUCUUACCCUGUAAUGAGCUCAAUCACUUGGUACUGUAUUUUAACUAUGUAUAUAUUGUAGAGGAAGACUGUAGAACCAUAAAAACUGACUUUUUAAAAGAUAAAAUCUAUUUUUUAAUGCUCUUGUACAAAUAAUAAUUAAAAAAACAACAUAAAUUAAGACAAAAAAAGCCAGUUUUAGGUAGUUUUGGGGCUGUUCUUAUUCACUCACAGUCUUUUCAAGGGAACUGACGGUUUUAAGCUAAACGCAGUGAAAUGAGCUGCGUGCAUUUAAGCCAAAGGAGGUGGAGAGGAUGUAACUUGUCUGUCCUGAUCCGUGUUUUUUUUCUUUUUUUCUGCUCAUAAUCACUUUUGUAAUUGAGGUUUAAUGUGGAGUUGUCUCGGACAGCAGUGUGACGCUCGCUUUAUGUUUUAUUUAUUUCUAGAACAUCAUAGGCAGUAUUAUGUCACUAUUUUGCCAUUGUAUUUUUGGUAAUAAAGACUGAG